UGAAGACUUUUGAUAGACCAUCCUUGCUGAAGAGGCAUAUGCGGACACAUACCGGUGAGAAGCCACACGUUUGCGGAGUGUGCAGUAAAGGGUUCAGCACGUCCAGUUCGCUCAACACCCACAGGAGAAUACACACGGGCGAGAAACCGCACAAAUGUCCAGAGUGUGGUAAAUGUUUCACAGCUAGUUCAAACCUUUACUACCACCGCAUGACACAUACUAAAAAUAAACCACACAAAUGCCCGUGGUGUCCCCGUUCGUUUCCUACGCCGGGAGAGCUGCGCGCACACAUCGCGACACAUGCCGCCAAACGUAUUAGCUUGGAACAAGAUGGCGGGCAAAUGUUUGCCGUUGGCGGGAAUUGGCCAUUUUGUAUGGCAGGUUUACAUAAAAGUACUAUAGGAGAGCCAUUUUAAUGGACCACUUUUGACACUUCAA